GAAAAUGGUCGAUGAGGUUGGCGUGGUUGUGCAGGACACGUAUGAGAUUGUAGAGAAGAUCGGCGAGGGCGGGUAAGGAAUGAAAAAGGCCUUCCGACGUCACACAUUUGAUCUGUCUGCACGGCAUUGUAUGAUGGUGUUGCAGGUGCGGAACGACGUACAAAGCCAAGCACCCCGCUCACGAUGAUUUGUUUGCACUCAAGAAGAUGAUGAAGUGAGGCCGCAAAGCGAGCACUCGUGCUGAGCAGCGCAUGUAUCUGGAUGGGUCUGUCCUUCCACCUCAUGGCCAUACGUCAGGCAAGACAACAUCCCCCGGUCGGUGUUCGACAUCUACAAGCUCCUUUGUCGAGCGCAACACGGCAACAUCGGCAAGAUAGUUAAGGUGAGCACAUGCGCACGACGUCAAAAGGCGUGGCAUGCGGUUGUUUGUUUGUUUGUGUGUGUGUGUGUGGUAAGGUUAUCGAGGAGGAUGACUGCUACUGGGUGGUGAUGGAGUUCAUCGAUGGGGAGCCGGUUGAGGACUACAUCGAUGAUGAGGAGGAGGACAGUGAGGAGGAGGAGGAGGAGGAGGAUGAUGAGGAUGAUGGGGAGGAGGACAGCAAGGACGGUGAUAAGGAGGAGGACAGUAAGGACAGCAAGACCAUCUCCGUAGACGACUUCUGGCAGGUCGUGCGGGGGGUCCUCAGGGGCCUCAGGUACCUUCACGAGGAUCGCAAGGUGAGCGAGUCAUCUUCCACCCGCCAUCCCUCCCUCCCCUGCACACACUGCAGGCAAUGGCCGGUUGUCUGUCUGUCUGUCUGUCUGUCUGUCUGCAGGUGUAUCAUCGUGACGUGAAGGCCGACAAUGUGAUGAUCACCUUCAUAGAUGAUCAGCUGCGCCACGUGAGGCUGAUUGACUUUGACCUCUGCCAUGAGAUCGGCAAGCCCAUGACGGUCAUACCCAGCGAGAACGCCGUCCCCAUUGGCACACUCCGCUACAAGGUGCGCCACCGAAGGACCGACCAACGCACACACACGCCUUCAACUGGUAUGUAUGCCCAUCAGGCUCCCGAGUUGUAUGCUGGCCAUUUCGACAAGAGGUCUGACCUGUUUGCUGUGGGCGUCAUAGCGUACGAACAGCAUAACACAGCACUGACGCAAAGCAGCGCCGGCCACAGCCGAAUGGGCACGUGUGUGUGUGUGAGACCUUGGUUGCUGCAGGUGGCGGCUGAUAACAGGCAAGUGGCCGUAUAAGUUGACCGACGAGAAGGAGGAGCAGAUGGACAACUACGCGAUCCGGGAGACCAUCACCGAACAGCUGCAGCAGAGCCUCAGCAACCAGGUGGGUAGGGUCACGUAUGGACGGACGGACGGACGGACGCAUUGAACAGCCAGCACAACCACUCAUUCAUAUGCACUCUCCUUUGUUUGUAUGCUCGCACUGUGUUCAGGACGAGACGGUUGCGAGCAAGCUGGCGAUGUACCCGGGAGCCUCUUCUUUGUUGCCCCUGCUGCUGUCCCCCGACCCCAACGACAGAGCACCAUCAGGUCACUCUUAAUCAGACAGCCAUACAGACAGCCCAGCUGUGUGCGUGUCUGUCUUGUGCAUUCUUUGAUGACAAUGAAUGCAGCAAUCGAGGCCUUAUGGCAUCUGGCUGGAAUCCAAAGGGCAAGAAGCGAGGCUUGAUCUGCCCUUUGGAUCCAGCCAAAGCGCUCGUCUGCCGACCUCCGCCAGCAGGCGGCUGGAUGUGGGCGUAGCGUACGAAUGGUCUGGUUGCCUGGCUGCGGCCAAGACGAGAAGUCAGCCUGGAGAGGGGAGGGGAGGGGACGGGAGAAGGGCUGUCCAUGCCUGUGCAUAGUGGGAAUGCGAUUGCGGACACUGCCAAAAU